AUGACCUCCAGGCCCCCUAUGGCCGUGCCUCCGCGACAGCCUCAGAGAACUCUGAGCGGCUCGGGGCUGUCGCAGUCCCCUGCACACCACCGAACAUUGUCCCAGCAAUACCUGCCCCCGUCCCCCGUACGCAAGUCGGACAGCUUCAGCGACCAGACGAGCGACUCCGGCGAUGUUGUCCAGGGCCGAUUCAACGCCCUCCCGAGGCGGGGGGGCUCCAAGCUGAAGCUCGAGCUGGCCAACGACGGCAUCGAGCAUGCCGGCUUCAGCGAGUCCCCGCAGAAUCUCGAUGCCCUCUCCGCCAACAAGGCCUUCACCCCGUCGCGGGUCAUGUCCGUCAAUGAUGUCUCCGACGCUGGCGAUAUGACUCCGCGUACGUCGAGGUGCCAGACGGCCGACGACGACUCGACUCCCCUGCCCAUGCCUCCUCGCCGAACCCGGUUCGUCGUGCCCGUUAAGCGCCCCGAACCCUCGACGCCGAGCACGCCCUUGAAGAAGGACGCCCGCCCGAAGCCGUUCGUCCUUGACACGCCCUCGGCCGCUCCCCGCUACCCGAAUAUGGGCAAGGCGGAGCCCAUUGGUAAACGCGCCACCAAGGACAUCGGCGGCCCCGUGUACGCUAACGACUGCUUAGGAUAUGCCGAUUUCUACCCUUGGAGUGGAGGACAUUCCGAGGACCAGUUCUCGGAUAACAUUAUCCGACACGGGUUCUUCGACAAGACGCCGGCGCAAUCGACGCAGGAGCUCGCGUCGGCAAAAGGCCCGUUGUUUCCCGCUUUCAAACACAAGACCGGCCUUCAUAUGCUGUCCACGAUAUUUACCAGCAUCCUAAAUCAGAGGAGACACGGCGGCCAGAUAACCUCAGCUUCGACCUUUAAGCCCCCGCCUCGGGUCACGCUCACCGAUACGAAGAGGGAGAUCUGGCUCAAAGACCUCGCGAACCCGGCCAUUUCUCUCCGGCGUCUCAGUCGGACCAUACCCCACGGUAUCCGUGGGAAGGUGUUGCUCGACCAGUGCCUGAACAAGAACGUGCCUACGGAUCGGGCCGUCUGGUUAGCGAAAUGCGUCGGCGCAAACGAGAUUAGGGCCUUCAAGAGGAAAGGGGUGAACGGCACCUUCGUCAUGGGCGGGGAAGCGAAAUGGAUCCGGGACUGGACCGUCUAUGUCGAGCAAUUCGUCGACACCGUCGUUAGCGCCUUUAACGACGUCGAUUGGAAGUCCAAGGUCACAUAUGCCAUCCGCCUUGCAACCCAUCUUUACGCCGAACACCUCCUGGACCGGGAUCAUUACAUGGAUUGGCUCGUCUCUGGCCUGGAAUCCAGCAACCAGGCCAGGCUCCCCAUGUGGCUUCUCAUCAUCCAGAUAUAUUGGAAAGAUUUACUCAGACUGAGGAGACACGGGCGACGAUUAGCCAGCGCCAUCCUCAACCAUCACUCCUCCAUAUACCGCCAUCCUGAUCGCGAUAUUUUGCUUCCUCUUUCCACGCGACUACAGUCCCUUAUCGAAUCUCUGCUACUAGCUACUCCGGAGAAUCUCGUCAAUCCCGCCAUAUGGUUCAAGUACCGAGAAUCUCUCGUCGACCCCUCCCCUUCCUAUAACAACGAGCUUAGAUCAAGGAUAUUUAAGUUGGUCGACUCGCGCAACGAUUACUUGACGAGCUCGAACGCCAAGUCGCAGCCUGCCCUCCGAAGUAUAGUGGUGCAACUACUCGAUAGCAUUCAUCGAACUCCUCUCGACGAGGCGAUCCCGAAACAGCUAUGGAAGGCAAGCGAAAACAAAGCAUUUAUAGUGAGGACGAUUUUGGAAUGGUGCACCUCGCUCUACCGGCCCGGGAUCGCGAAAGUGUACGUUGCCACGAUGCUCUUGCGCUCAUCGGCGGCCUUCGACGCCGAUAUCACCCGAGCCAUCCUGGACUUCCUGGAUGCCGACCCGCUCGUAGAAUUGGGUCGCAAGCAACUCGUGUACCACCUCGUGUCGGAGCUCGCCCGGUCCGGCGACUUUGUCGUGGCCCAUUAUACCCAGUGGCUCAUCUCCCGGGGCGGCAUCGGAAAUUCUCUCGAAACGGACCGGGACGGGCCGUGCGCUACGAGGCUCCUCGUCGAAAUUCCCCUAUGCUCCCUUAGCGAGUCGAUGAAGAAUUUGCGGGCCACUCUACUCCGGAAGGCGUGUUUCUCAGUCGAGGACGAGGCGAGCGAUAUCACGACGGCGAUAAGCUAUGUCAAGAGUACGCUCUCGAUCCCGUUGAAUCCGGUCGAUUCUGUGUUGUGCAAGAAACCCAUUGGGCUCAAGAAAUUACUACGGCGAAUCGAGUUGAGCAGCCGCACUCUCAAGACGACUGUUUCUUCGUGGCUCAGCAACGACUUCAUCGGCGGGGUCGCCCAAAACCUGCAAUCGGGCAAGGGCGAUAUUGAGCUCCCGAAACCCAAAUUCGAGACGGUCCGGGCACUGCUCGAGGCCACUCAGGAUUUCACGAUGCUCGAAACCGGUCUGAAGCUUCUCGUGCCAUCUUCCAACCCAGAACUACUCGCCUGUUGCGCUGAUACCAUCAACCUUCAUCUACCCGUCUUUGCUGCUACGGGAGCAGCGAAGCCGCUCUUCCAGAGCCUGUACGAGAGGUUGAAGCCCAUCGCAGAGGAACAAGGUGUCGGCGCGCGUCCUCUCCUCGCUUCUCUCACCAACCUUGCCCCCCGUCUAACCGGGUUGGAGGAAGUGGCAGCGCAGCUGCAGAAAGACCUGAUCCGCACCGAUCGUAGCAGUGCCGCGGAUGCCUCAUCGCCGUUAUCCGACAACAUGGCCACGCAGCUCCAGGAUGCCGAGACGGAACUAAGCGAGCAGAUAGAGAAGCUUGCCAGCUAUACGAGCGCCGAUCGGUCGACUAUGGAGCGCUUGUUCCACGCCAUCAUCGUGAAGCUGCAAAAUUACUGGGGCAAGACGGAUGAGCGACAACGGCUCUGUUGCAUUCUGCUCACGAGGCUGCGCGUGUUCGAUAUACAGCACUUCAACACGCUCAUGAAAGGCUGGGCUCAGCACAUCCGGAAGCUGACGAACCGACCGCCUAUCGACCGGUUGUUUCCGCCCCUCAUCAGUUCAGGCUGCUUAUCGCUGGCGAUCCUAUUCGCGACCGCCCCGAGGAGCCAGCUACAGGCCACUCAAUUCCAGCCUAGCGCCGUCGGGUCUGCCUCCGUCUACAUGCAAGAAAUACUGCAAAUGUUGAUGAUCCCGUUCAGCCCGAGCCCGGCCAUGACUUCGGAGGAUUGUUACCGCUUUCGCAUUAUCCAAGACCACGCCAAGCGCGAGUACGCUAAGGAGAUCAUGCCCCUGAUCCGCGGGGCCCUGGCAGAGUAUUCGGCCUCUCAGAACCAGCGGGCUUCGGUCCGACAACCUCUCGACGACGACCAAACCAAGGCUCAGCUGCUCGAACUCCUCCGAGGCCUGGUGCUCGUCGAUCCAAACGCUGCCAGCCAGACACUGUCGCUCAAAAGCCCCGACCCCAAGCUGGCUGCCCUUAUCGAGACGUGGACCACCAAGCUCCUAGUUCCCCACGGCGGAGGUGGGCAGAAGUCCUUCGAGCAAGUUCUCGAACUCGCUAACGAGUUCACGCUACCGUUUUGCCAGGUGAAGCUCUCGCUGAAUCUGGCCACUGACGACUCGGCCGGCCCCGAGGGAUCGGAGAGGCUCCAGUCGCAGUUUGAACUGCUGUCGAAAGCCAUCGACAACGCCAUCGACGCGAACAAUAUCAUGUGGACGGGCAUGCUUCCUUCGUUGAGCCCCAACAUCACACAACACAUGAGAAACCGAGCAGAGUCGCGCUUUCUAGAAAUCAUCCCCUCUCUGAAGAACCCUCCGGCGGACGCUUUUCCAGAUGGGGACAUCUACAUGGCCGAGAAUCUGCUGACGGUCAUCGACGCCAUCUUCCGAGGAGCAACGGGGCCCAAGGCUUCUCCGCUUUCCAACGCUCUAGUCGAGAAACUCGCCGACCUCUGGGACAUACUAACCUCGGGCAAUAGCGAGCACGCGUCGUUAAAGAGGGCAGUGCUCUCGCACUGGCUGCCUCUCGUUUUCUCUUACCUGACGCUCUUUACUUCGCCGUCGACCGGGGCGAUAGACGUGUCACGGCCGCACGGGGGCGAGAUUCGCGGGCGCGCCUUGAUCAUCCUCGCCGGCCUCGUCCAGGAGCUCGACAACUACCCGUUCUCCGGCCUGGGAGAAAAGGCGCUCGACAUCGCACUGGCGCUCGUCGACGGUCUGCCCGAAGACGCGCGUCUCCAGUGCGUGCGCGGAGUCAAGGACGUCACAUCAGACUCCCGGAUUAGAUACCUAUUUAGUUUUGCGCCCAAUCCGGAGGAAGACUUUAUGCUAGCCCACCGCGAGAAGCCGCCGGUCGGGUUCCAGGAGAGGAGAGCGAUGGGGUUGGGCAUAGGGAUGGGUAUGCUUCCCGAGAAACUGACGCCGUUCGUAUUUAGGAGGUGGGAGAUUCUCAACGAACCUACACCGAACGUCGGCGAGAACGACACCAGCCUCAGUUUAACGCUGUUCGACGCUAGGAGGAUAAAGUGAAAGGGGCUCGUGCGGGUGGGGGAGGGGGAGCUGGCGUGCUCUCUCGUGGUUCAUGUUAUCCGCCAGGUCGUGUGAAGUAGCUUAUUGAUGAACCUUCGGACCGAGAGCUUCGACGAUGGACUUGAUAGUUUUCAGGCUUUCGGGGAUUGGAGGACUUCGGCGUCCUUUUUUUUUUUUCCUUUUCUGAUUCUAGUACGAUGCAUUCAUUAGGGGCUCGCAUUUUUUCUCUAGAGUAGCAGUCGCCAGAAGGGUGUCGGCAUUAGUUUCUCCCUUUUGUGCUUUUUUUUUAUCAUCUCACGAUCCAUUGGCAUUCACGAUUACACGUACGCAUCCGCCGAGCUGGAAAGUCUUUUUCUAUUUUGGGGGGUUUUUUUACACGACAUCAAUUCGGUGCGAUAGUUGCGCUCACGUGCUCAUUUCGUUUAGUCUUCCUGUUGA